GUUGGGCAUGAGGCUGGCUAGCAAUCCCAUCCUGUAAAAUAAUAAACACCACUGCUACAGGAACUUCAAGCCAAUAGCUUGAAGGUGUCCUAUGUUCCACUGGGGAACGUGAAGGAAAAAUAAUAAAUGAUAUUGUCUAAAGGGAUGUAUGUACCACAAGGUUCAAUCAAAUUUACUGGUGAACUGAUGAUUCAUACUUUAAAGACAUGGCUGCUUUCCCUGACUUAAGGAGACUUGGGGCUUCCAGGCAAAUCCAAAACCGUAAGUGCUACGUCAUUGAAACUUUUUAAGCACAAUGUAUUAUUGAAUAACAGAGAAUAGGCUGUGAUAUGUAUAUCUACUCGAACUUUUAGUGUGGUAUAUUGUCUAGUGAAAUAUUUACACGGUGGUUCGUUCUUAACACCCCUGUCUGUCCUUAAUUUCUGUUAUUCCAACUGAUGUCUGAGUAAAAUUCUUAUACAAUAUAGUGCUUCAAACUAUUUUUUUGAAAUCACAGUCGUCAUUAGUGUUGUUUUUACAGAUUGAGUUUGCUAGCCGAGCUCCCAACCAUCCCUAUAUUCUACUACUUUCGUCUUACUAGCGGUGGUUAGUAAACUAGGUUGAGGUUCAGUAGUUAGUGCGUCUGCCUUAUCCUCCCGUGUGGCUUCUAGCGGGUGUUCUUCGAAAAAAAACCCACACCGUCUCACUCCACUAACCGAGGGAGCACUACUAGAUAGGUGUAUGUGUUACGUACCCGUUUUGGGUGGGACUAUUCAGCGUCCUGGUUAUAUUGGAAAGCCUUCUGAUAAUAAUUAACCAGAGUAUAUGACGGCCUGUGUGUAAUGAACUUUUAAAUCUUGUCAAUUAUAUCUCAUUGCGUCGUUUUGUUGAUAUUAUUAUAACACUAUUUUUUGUUUUUGUUUUCAGUUUUGUUCACAUAUUUUAUAACAUACGGAUUGGAUAUAUGUCAACAACACAAGGAUUUAUUAAAACGGUUAUGGUUUUACUAGAAAGUACUACUGGUUCUGGUCAUUGUAUCAUUGGUUUUCGACCACGAUUAGCUAGUAGCCGUAAAGAAAAGGUGGCAUUUGAUCCACUUGUUCAACAAAAUGUUCUCUAUCGUGAAGUACGCAAAAUUCGUUCUUUGAAAAAAGCAGAACACUAAUUUUUAAGUUUUGAUUCUAUUGAGCUGUGUGUGAGAAUCAAUUAGUUAAAUAAAAAUUUCCUUAAUCCACAGAGACUCCAACUUUUACCUUUUUUUGUGAGCAGAUAUACGUGUGUGUGUGUGUGCAUGCGUCCGCACGUCUCUGUAGGUGUAUGCGUGUGUUAUGAUAAUAAUUAUUAUUUCAUUUUUAUUAUUAAUUCAUUGGGUUCCGAGUAGAACAUGGGGUGGUUUCAACAACAUAUCUCCAUCUUUCUUCUAUUUUGUGCCAUCCUAUUCAACUGAGUCGAUGAUUGUUCAUAAUUUCUCAUCUCCUCCUCGCCACAUGAUCUCUCCUCCAUAUGUCACCCUAGGACGACGACCCA